AUGAAGGACAAUGAGUCUACUUCAGAAUUUCAUACAAGAGUAUCUAGUUUAUUGAACCAGUUGAGGUCAAAUGGAGAAAUCAUGGAGGAGCAGAGGAUUAUUGAGAAAAUCCUUCAAAUUUUACCAUCAAAGUUUGAUGCAAUAGUGAUUUCCAUUGAAGAGGAAAAGGAUUUAUCAUUAUUGACAGUUGAUGAGUUGAUGGGUUCUCUUCAAACCCAUGAGAAACGCCUAAAUAGAUCUGUUACUUCUUCCCAAGAGAAAGAUUUCAAAGCUCAAUCCAAUGCAAGAGGCAGGGGGAGAGGAAGAAACAAUGGAAAAAGUUCAAGAGGUAGAGACCAUGGCAAAGAAGAUAGCUCUGGACGAGCUUACAGCCAAGAGGGCAUGAGCAAGUCUCAAAAUAACUCCAAAUAA